CGCCAACUGCCGGAUUGUAGACGCAGCCGUAUGCGAGUGCAGCUGUCCAAGUCGGGAACCGCUCUGUUCCCACUUGCUGGCUGUUGCUGUGUGGCAGCAGCAGCAGCAGCAGCAGCAACGGCAGCAGCAGCGGCACCAGCGGAACCUGCCGCUGCAUCGAGAGUUCAGCCUCCGGCUAGCGAUCAGCGCCUUCAUCAAGCAAGAGCUGCUAACCCUUGCAAGCGAAGCAUUUGUUCCUCUCAAGCCCUUAAGCUGCGAGAUGCUGCUGCAUGACUUGUGGUUGCGGCUGCUGCGCAGGUUCCCUCCAGCUGCUGCUGCUCGUGCUGCAGCAGCGCUUGCUGUGGGCCUGCUGAUGCGCUUUGCCCAGAAGGCCAAAGGCGCGUUGCCAGAUGUCCCCUCCACGGCGAGCUGCAAGCGAACAGAAGGACCGCAGGAAGACGAGACCGAUGACGAACAACGGCAGCAAAAGCAGAAAGAACAUCGGCAAGAACAACUAAACGGGCAAACGGAGACUGAGGGACAAAAGGACGACCAACAGAAGGAGCACAUGCAGCAACAGCAGGAGCAGCAAGAACAAGUAAACGAUGGUUCAGCAUCCACCGCUCCAAAUGGCCAAAGAAGCAGUAACAGCAGCAGCGACGGAGAAACUCCUGGGAGACAUUACACUUGCGUUGUUUCUCCUGAUAAAGCUAUGACCCGUCUCAUGCAGCAACUGCCGCUGCACCUGCAGCGUACAGACGCUCUUCCUGAAAGGCGGGAAAGCCUGCUUAAGUUUCUUUAUUCACUUGAGGCAGCGGUGUUCCCUGAAGCAGCCCCUUCUGCUGUGCACACGCUGCUGCAGUUGCUGCAGCGGGAGGAGGCUGCUGCUGCUGCUGCUGCCUUGGAAGAGGGGCUGCGCCUGAAAGGGACUGAAGGCAGUAGCUGUGACACUGCAGCGGACCACCCUUCUGCUGAUUUAUAUGUGCGCUUUGCCUCGUUGAUGCUACAAGCGGCAGCAGCAGGAGGAACCGCUACCGCCGCAGCAGCAGUGCCAGGUGCUUCCCCUCAGAUGAUCUACGAUAUGUGUGUCCACGUGGUGCGGCUGCAGUUCUCUGCUGCUGCUGCAUCUGCCUUGCAGCGCAGCAAGCCGUUGGCUGAUGCGGCAUCUCUAAGUCACUUCAUAGCAGAGGUGCGGCGGUGCUUGGGUGGUGCCCCCGGAGCCCACCACAGGCUCACACUAGAGGCGGGGGCGCCCAUCUCCCUGCCCCCUUUGUGGGGCGAGGAAUCCAUCUCUCCUGCUCUACAGGAUGUCUUGGUGUCCGAGUUGCAGCGGCAAGCUGAAGGCUGCAUCCACCUGGCGACAACACUGUGCAGUCCAUGGCAUCUCGCUGCAGCCCUUGCGCACAGCCAUACAAUGGGUCACAAGGAGCAGCACUCGCCACAGCAGCAGCAGCAGGAAGCAUUGAAACGGUGCUUGCAGCGACUGGUCUCCCAGCAGCAGCAGCAACUUCAGAGCGUCUCGACGUGGCAAGCUGCAGCGGCGGCCAUCGCAGAGGCUCCUGCGCUCGUCGAUUUGAAAACCUUUUUUAGAUGGGAAGACACCCUCGAGCCUUCUUUUGGGGACCUUGAAGCCUUCCUUUGCAGGCACGGCAGUGCGGCUUUCUUUUCAUCCACGAACAGCAGCAGCAGCAGCAGCAGCAGCAGCAGCAGUUUGUUUAGCCGGAGCAUCUUCGUGAGCAUCGAGGGGGGAAGCAUUGUGCGUGUCCCCAACCCGACACGGGAUACACCUCAGCAACUUCUGGAUGCUCUCAGCAGCAGGUGUGCUGCAGCUGCAGUCACAGCUCUUGCUGCCCUGCUGUGGCAGCCGCAGCUGCAGCCACAGUGCUGCAGCGGCAGGAGCGGCAACUGGGACGUGCACAGGGUGCCUCCUCAUAGCCCAGCCUCUCUGCAGAAGCAAGUGCGUAGCUACUUGCAGCGGCAGCAGUCCCAGGAGAAGCAGGUACAGCAGCAGCAGCAACAGCAACAACAGCAGCAGUCAUGGGGGGAUUUCUGCUGCAGAGUUCUUUCGGAAGCCCCUAAAGCCCUUGUAGACGCAUGCAUUGUUGUUCUGUUGGCACCGGUGGUGGAAGUUUUUGGCUCAGGAGUUUUAACUGCUGCCGCUGAGCGGUUUGCUUUUGUUGCAACAUUCUGCAACCAUCAGCGGUUGGAGGCGGCUGCGACAGCAGCUUCAGCCACAAACAGCAACAGCAGCUCCCAGGCCGACGACUUUCUCCUCCUGCUGCUGCAAAGUCGCGCAGCCUUUAGGCCUCUGUCUUCCCACUUGCAAGAGGCGCUGCAGCGGUGCAUGCAUCUGCUGCUUCCUCAGCAAGAGGCACUGGCUGCCAUGGAGACCCUGCAGAAGCAGCAGGGGAGGGCAGCAAACCAGCACAGACACAACCAGCAACCGCCAGCUGGCAGCCCUUCUGCAGCGGAGCAGCGGCAGCCUGCAGGCACACAACUCGCAGCCGCUGAAGUGGCCCCUACAACAACAGCAGCAGCAGCGGCAAUCACAACAGCAACAGGAGCAGCAGACGCAGUAGCAGCGGCAACAGCAAAUAGCACGGGCCUGGUCUUUGAAGACGGUGACACCGUUUUGCUGCUGCCUCGCCGCCAAGUCAGAGCUCCAGUUGACCAUCCCAAGCCCGAAGGAAAAGGCGAAGUUUGCACAGUUACUCAUGGAACAGUUCCUGCAGCAGUUCCUGCAGCAGUUCCUGCAGCAGUUCCUGCAGCAGUUCCUGCAGCAGUUCCUGCACUAGCUGCUGCAGGAGGUGCUGCAUCAGCAGGUCACGGUGCUGCUGGUGAAUACUCUGCAGUGGCAGCGGACAAAGCAACCGGCUCUGCGGUGGAUCUGUGGGGCGAUGAAAGCCCUGAGGCAUUUCUGCUUCGGCUACGGACUGAGGAGUUUGGAGUAGGUCUUGGCAGUAGCACCGGUGCUGCAUCACGGGGUACUACCGCUGGUAGUGCUGCUGCUGUAUCUGCUGCAAAGGAGACCCUUGUUGACGCUGUUAUGCGGCGGCAGCGAGAGCGCCUUACUCGAGCCCUGAGCCGCCUUGCGGGGGACUUGUACUCUUCGGACGGUCAUCUACAGCUAGAGCUGCUGCAGAACGCAGACGACAAUGUGUAUAUAUUACCGUUGCCGCUACCUCCUGCUGCGCUGCAGAUGCAGCCACAGCAGCACCAAAACCUUCUGCUCCAAAUACCAGCCCUGACAACCCCCUCUUUGCACUUUGAGCUCCUGCAAGAAGGACUUGCCGUCUUUAAUAAUGAAAGAGGUUUCACUCCAGCAGACGUGCGGGCCCUGUGUGACGUCGCGCGCAGCACCAAAGACCCUAAACUGCAGCAGCAGCAGCCGAACCAGCAGGAUCAGAAGGAACGGCAAGACCAGCAGAAGAAGGUCCGACGCAUAGGCAGGUUCGGUGUGGGCUUUAAGUCGGUGUUUAGCCUCUCAGAUGAACCGCAUAUUGUUUCCUGCACCGGCGUAGCGUUGAAGUUUUCCGCGAAAGACAGCAGCGGCCUCGGCUUUGUGCUCCCCCAUCCUCUGCCAUCACGGGAGUGGAGCAGAUUCUUCCCGGUAGAGGCCGUCGAGGGGGCCCUCCUUGCGGCGCAGGACCCGCGCGCCGUAACACAGACAGGCACAAGCAGAAGCUUCGGUAGCAGCAACAGCUACAGCUGCUGCUGCUCCAUCUUGUCGCCACCUAGCCAGGAUGCAUCAGCAGCAACAGCACCGUCGGCAAGUGUAACUCCAGCUGAAGCGGCUUUACGUAUAUGGCGGACAAUGAUUUGGCUGCCUGUAAGACCAGCGCUGAAAGGGCGGUGGGUGGAGGACGGAGGAAGUCUCGCGAAUCGUCUGUCUACGGUAGAGCCUCACUGUAUCCUUUUUCUACGCAAGGUUCGGAGAGUCUCCUGCCGCAGUCAGCCUAGCAGGAGCUGCUUCUUACUUCUUAAACACACCUUUCCAUGCAUUGAUGCCGCAGUCUUCCAGCAGAAGCAGAAACAGCAAGAGCAGCAGCAGAAGCUGCAGCAGCACGUGUACAAUUUGCCGAGCUGCGCUCAGCACGUUGUUCUGACCAUUUGCUGCCGUCCUCUGGUGUCGCCGGCUUCGGUGUGCGACCGUUGGGGCAACUGCAGAGGAGGCAACUGUGUGUGGCAGCAGCAGAAGCAGCACUGGUUGCUCGUACAGCACACGCCGGUGGGAUCUGCCCCCGUUGCCGGCCCCACAGAUGAGCCUCUUGUAGUGGCAUUGGCCCUUACACCGGAAGGGUAUGCUGCACCGACUCCGGCAGCAGCACGUGCGCCUGCUGCAGCAGCAGCCCCUCCAGAUCCAGGCAGCAACAACGGCAGCAGUAGUACUAAUAGUAAUGAUGGGAGCAGCGCACCUAGCAAAGGUUGGCCAUUGCACUGCUUCCUGCCAGUGAGGGGCUUUGGGUUGCCAUUUAUUCUUCAGGGUGCCUUUAGCUUGACCGCUUCCCGCGAAGAUUUGAGGUGCGGAGACAGUUGGAAUUCGUGGCUCCUGCAACACCUACCUGCUGCACUGUGCACUGCCCUCUCUGUGUGCAAGUCAGCCCACCCACAACUCCAGGAGUCGCUGCUGCUGUUCGCUCCGCUUCUGCUUGCUGGUGAGGCUGCUGGAGGAUCCGCAGGAAUGAUUGAGGAAGCUGCAACUGCUGCGCUAGCUGCUGUGAAGCAGAUGGAGUGUUUGCUGUGUGUAAACCCCUGUCCGGAGGAGGAGGAGGAGCAGCGGGAACAGCAAAAGCAGCAGCAAAAGCAGCAGCAGCAGCAGCAGCAAAGAGCACAAAAUUCCGCUCAGGACUUCGUAUGGUGCUGCCCGACGCGCGCAGUACUACCUUGCAGAGCAGUGGCGGAUAGUGCCUCCGGGUCCUUUGCUGCUGUGUCUAUGUGCCGCUCGAGCAACAGCAACUGCGGGGAUAGUAACAGCAACAGCGGUACCUGGAGCGGUAAAGCGGAGUGUCCAGUUCCGCCUUGGCUGCUUCACAGGGCUUUGGGCCUGGUGUACGUACACGAGAGAGUGCUGAAGCAUCUUCAGCCACCCGCCCUCCGUUUACUGGGGGUACGGGACUUGACUCCAUGGGAUGUCGUGGAAAUCCUGCGGUGUCUCGUAAGGCUGCAGCAAGAAGGUUUGGGUAAGCAGCAACAACCGCAACAGCAACAACAGCUUAACCAGAUACUGCAGCCUCAGGGAAUCGGUCGACUGCUCCUGCUGCUCGAGAGUGUCUGCAUGCAGAAGCAGCAGUCCGUACAGCAGCGGGCUGCCCUGGGGGCUCUCAGAAACCUUCCCUUCUUACCUACCCUUUGCGGACGCUUGGUAGCAGCGGACGACGCGGAGGUUACGUUGUGCCUCCCGCCGCAUGCAGCUGCGACUGAAGAAGUAGCAGAAGCAGCAGGAGGAGCAACAGCAACAGAAGCCCCUGGCGUCUCACAGCUUGCAGGUGUAGACUGCUUGAGUGGCGAAGCGAGUGCAGGGCUCACUGAUAGCUUCUCCGGGAGCCCGCUUGUGGCGUACGUUCACCCUGGCGUCUUGGAGCCCUGGCUUGCUGCAGCAGCAAUCCCGCAGCAGCAGCAGCAGCUUAAGCAGGAGGAGGAGCCUCAGCAGCAGUUGAUUCCAGAAGUAGAGGAGCAGCAGCUGGCCGGAGAUCGCCCGGUGCAGCGAUCUCGCGUCGUGCGGUGUCUGCGGAGCUUGGGUGUAGAUUACCUGCGGCCGCAGCAGGUGCUGCAACAACGUCUGUUGCCCUUGCUGGACCAUCCUAGGCUGUGUGAUGCAGCAACAGAAAGUCAGCUGGUGGGCUAUCUCUUCUUCCUCGUUUUUCACUGUCGCACACUCGCAACCGCAAUCCAUACGGACGGUGGUCUCUCUAGGAAGCAGAUCCUGCGCCUGCCUGUCUGCACCGCUAGGGGAACGAGGGUGGCUUUGGGGUCCGCGGCGCUGCGGUGUCUUGGGGUGGCGAAGGUAGCUAGCACACAGCAGGAACUGCAGCAGCACGAGCAGCACCAGGAGAUGCUGCUCCAGCUCUACAGACACCUGCUGCCAGACUGCGUGUUCCUUUCAAGUGCUUACGACCGUGUUGUGUCCCUUCCCACCUGGGCAGACUUCUGCGAACUCAUUGGGCUUAAACGCCUGCUGCACGUCUCCUCGGUUGUGUACUGGAUACACAUGGAAGAUGAACCGCCGGCGCCACAGCGGCAGCAGAUGCACCAGGAGCAGCAGCAACGUGACGUUGGCUCUGCACGUAUCGAGCUGAGUGCGGUUGACGGGUUUCCUGUAGAAGAAGAAGGCAGCGGCAGCAGCAUGAAGGAGGAGUUGUUGCAGCGGUUAUCCCGUCGGUGGGGGAAGCCGCAGCUGCAACGGCUCCAUGCGGAGCUGCUGCAAAUGCAGGAUAUUGUGAACGCGUCGCGGGCCCCCGCACCAUCUCCCGUCUGCUCAGGUGUCUCCUUGCUGGUAGAGGACUUCAUCUGUCUCGACUUCGAGCGAUUGGUUACCGCCGCUGCUGCUGCUCCCUCCGGCAUCAAUAGCAGCAACAGCAGCAGCACUAGCAGCGCACAGGCCUUCCACUCGCAAACUAUGGUACGGCUGCCGCCGCAGCUGCUGCGGGCGAUAACGCGGGAGCUACACCAGGCUGAACAUCUUUCCCUCCGUCUUUUUGUUGGGGUUUUGGCGGAGGCGCAGCAGCGGUGGCAGCACUGCGAGCGUCUGCGGUGGCGGAUCGGAGCACGCGCGGCAGGAGCAACAGCAACAGCAAAAGCAGGAGUAGCGGCAGGAGACGUGCCGGCCACACCACAGCAGCAGGACCAGCAACGGCACGAGAGCAUCCCUCGUACCAAUCAGUGGACAGCAGCCACCGCAGGGCUGCAGUCGGCAGCAGUCCCACUGGCUGGAGGAGGUGCAGCCUCCUCCCUGUUGGUGCAGCUGCGCAGCAGUGCGUGGCUUCCGGCUGUUGCAUGCGACGCCCUGUCUGUCGCUGGUGCCGCAGCAGCACAAGGCUGGCAGGCUCAGGAGCAGGGACAACAGCAGCAACUCCAGCUCUUCGAACUGGACUGCGUAGGAGAUCAAAGCCUCCUCGAUAGCAGCAGUUCCAGCAGCACCGAUAGCGAAGAGGAAGCUGCAAUAGCCGUGCCGUCUAGAGGACGCAGCACCAGCAGCACAAACAGCAUGGGCUGCAGGGCCAGAAGCAAAAAGCGGUGUCUGCAUCUGGUGGACGACUUCGGAAGCAAGAACAACAGCGACAGUAGGAAGAGCAGCAACAACAGCAGCCCAUGCGAGUCUUCAGCAAGAGUUUCCGCACGUUACAACAGCGGACUAGCUAGCGCGGUGCCUGGCAGCAGUUGUGUCAGAUGUACAGGGGGCAGUAGCUGCGGUAUCAACAGCACCGGCAACAGCAACAGCAGCAAUAACAGCAGCAGCAAUAUCCAUGGCGUUCAAUGGCGCUGGCGGUUCGUGGGCCUGCGAAGGCCGCAAGAACUGGCAGCACCCAGAAGCGAGUGUGUUAAGGUGUACGGACGGCUGGUAGAAUACUUUCACCCUCUGGCGGAGCGUUUGCUGCAGGAACACCAACACCAGCACCACCAGCAGCAGCAGCACCUUGAGGGGGAGGUUCAGCCGCGGUUGCACAGUAACAGCAGCAGGAGCAGCACGGCUCUUGACGAUCUGGCUUACACGGGAAGCUGCCUUUCCGCCCUGGAGAUUGGCAUGCCGCUUCUAGCUGCGCAUGAUGGUGUUGCAGCAGCACCAGUGGCGUGUGAAGGCCUUGGAAAGACCUUCACAUGGAUGUGGGAGAGGGGGAGCUUGUCGCGUGCGGCACAGUGGUUGGAGGAACACCCAACAGCCACCAAGGCGACAAGACCUGGAGGAAUAGCUAGAGCAACACCGGAGGGUGCAUGCAGUGGGGAGGAACCAGAAGGCCUCCACCUAGUGCCGAAUGAGAAGACAGCCGCGAACGUCCUCCUGUCCCUUUCGUCUCACUUGAAGCACCUAGGAAGCACACUGGCAACUACUCUGCCCGAAACACCAGGGUCUUCACCGGCUACAGGCUGCAUCAGCAACAGCGGCAUCGCCGAUGGCAGCAGCAGCAGCAGCAGCAGCCACAACAGCCAUGGCAGCACCACUAACUACGUAGCGGAUGGCAGUGUAGCAGGUGGAACACGUUCCAGCACAGGCGCGCCUAUUUGCCUUGCGGCUUGCUUCUUAGCGGCGGCGGAUGCGACUUGUAGGGAAGGCCGCUGUUGUUGCCAAAGUAGCAGCAGCAGCAGCAACUGUAGCCGAAAGCCCACCAGCUGCGGCUGCCUAUAUCAGCACGUCGGGGGGCGUUGUAUCUCCCUAUUUUGCUGCUGCUGCAAUGCAGUAGUCGGGGAUAUGUUUCGUUUGCUGCAGUACCUCGCCCACAGCCGGCACCCUGUAGAAGCUACCGCAAUAGCAGGAGCAGCAGCCGGUCGCCCUGCGACAGCAGCCGCAACGCAGCAGCCCAGCCACUGGGCUGCCCAGGGCUCCAAAGGGUUUGUGCUGCUUCCGCAGCCAGCAUCCUGCGCCAGCUCGCCAAGGAAUUUAGAGCCUCCUCCCCUUGCUGCUGCUACUGCAGCGGUUACUCUUGGCCGCUGCAUCUGCUUUAGAACCCCUUCUGAGUCUGUCUUCCGCCUUCCUCUAGGGGCCCCACUUGCCGCCUUUCCCAUGUGCUGGCCUUUAGGGGACCUCGCGCUGUUGCUUGACCGACAACAUGCCCAGCUGAGGCAGUCUCGUCCCACGGACCUGCCGCUGUCCCCGGAGGAGCUGCAGCUGUAUGAACACGAGCAGCAACAGCAGCGGCUUGCGGAGCUGGAAGCACUUUUGAUGGACGACCUGAGCGUAGCAGAGUACCCGUCUCUGCAGGAGUGUCUCCUGGCUCUGACGUGGGUGGCAGACACUGCAGGAGUUCUGGAGGGAGAUGAUAGAAGGGGAGCAACGGUGCCUGCAGCGGCAUCAGCAACAGCAGCCUCAGGACUAUCAGUUGCCACUUAUCAACAGCACAUGACGCAUGCUUUGCCUGGAAGGCCCAGAAAAUUGCGUCGUUACGCAGCUGCAGAACACGACACCUCGUGCCCACUGUUGCCCCCUUCUACUCUUCGGUACUCAGAUGCAGUAACAGGAGCAACAACAGCAGCAGCAACAGCAGCAGCGUGCCCUUUGAAAUCCAUCCACAGCGGGAUGCUGCUGCCCGUCGUUGCGCUGCUGCUGCACCUCGACCAACAGUGCAGCAGCAGCCACCUCAGUCUGCAUUCGGUAGUUAGAGGUCUUCCGGUGGUCCCGUGUUUUCAGCUGUGCGUCCCCUCCAGUAGAGUUCGUUCAGCUGAUGCGGUUGACGUGCUACAGCUGCGGUUGCUCCCGGCGGGUAGCCCCAUGUGGUUGCGUCUCACAGCACUCGACGGCAAGCUAUGGGACUUGCUGCAGGCGGGUGCGGCGGAAGCAGCAGCAGUAGCAGCAGCAGGACGGUGCAGCGUGCAGCAAGGGGACAGCGGGACCUUCUGGCCUGCUGAAAGCGGUCGAGAUAGGGGAGGGACGGGGGCCGGUGCACCGGAGGUAUUGUGCUAUCCUCCAGUAGUUUGGUGUUGUGGGGCUGCAUGCAACUGGGGAGAGCUAGCGGUCUCCGGAGCACUGCGUGACUGCACCACAGACGGAGCAAAUAGCCUGUGUGCUUCGUGCCAAGCAUUGAUGGGUCGGCGGCUGCUUCAGGAGGGCUUGCAGGGGCGGCAACCUGUGCAACAGGCCUGGCAGAAGCUGCUGCAACAGCAGCUGGGCGUGGGGCCCCUCAGCUCCGCCUGCUCGACACAGCUCACCGCUGCCCCUCUGGUAUCUCUUCUGGGAGCAGGAUCGUCUUUGCAGACGAUCCCGCUCAGGACCGCUUAUCCUGACUCCACACAGCUCGCACAGGGGCUGGCCCUCGGAGGCUUGAGACAGCGUUUGCUGCUGUUGCUGCUGCCAGCUGCCCGCCGCUUCCUCCUCCACAGAGACGCACACCGGUAUCUCUUACUGCAGCGUCACUGGCUAACGGGGCGUCAUCAGCAGCAGCAGGAUAUGAGAUCGGGGGAGGCGCCUAAAAGCCGGCAGAGGCCGUGCUGGCUGCAGCAACUUCAGCGUGUGUCGCUGCUCCUGUGCAAAGAUCUCCGCAGCAGAGUCUGCUGCAUCGAGACGGGGGCAGUGGGGCCUUGGAACUCGUGUGCUGCUUCUUUGCAGUGGGAAAACGUCCUUGAAGGAGACGAUGAGCUGCCGGCCAGUGCCAGCAGCAGCAGCAGCAGUGCCAGCAGCAGCAGCAGUAGUGCCAGCAGCAGCAGCAGCAGUGCCAGCAGCAGCAGCAGUGCCAGCAGCAGCAGCAGUGCCAGCAGCAGCAGCAGUGCCAGCAGCAGCAGCAGUGCCAGCAGCAGCAGCAAUACCGCAAGCAGCCCCUACAGCCUCAACGGCUCCAGCGAGCAGAAUAGGUGGGAGAUAGAGGAGACAAAUGCUGUAUCCUCUCCCCUUUUGCUGGCGUGGGACACAGGAGAUGACUCUCUGAGUGCUGCGCUUGUGCAGCUAGAAGCAGCGGAGUGCAGCAGCAGCGGCAACAGGAGCAGCACCGACCAAAUCAGGACGUUGUUUGCUGCAGCGCAUGCAGGCGAGUUGCAGGACCUGCUGUUGCCAUCGUUUCCUGGGGAGCUCUUCAACGAGAUCUCUCGGCUAUUUUCGUUGAAAGGGGGAAAAGAUAUACAACUUGCAUCUUUUUUGCUGCUGCUCUAUUCACGUUUGCAGCACAAGCUACUGCAGUGGCUCAUGCGGCCGCCGGAGGGCGGUGUGCUGAAUUGGCUGCACAGGCUGCAGCGCAACAGAAGCAGCUUCUGCUGCCGACUGUCAACUGCAGCAACAGCAGCAAUUGUGGGUGCAGCAUUCGAGGACUGCCUCAAGGCUGAGGGCCUCUGGGCUGGGCCUCUUGACACUGCCGAGUUUCAGCACCGCUGUAUUGGUUUGCGGGAGGGUGUACCGGUUGGCAGCAACAGCAGCGUUGGUAGCAACCACGCUGCUGAUGGUAAUGAUGGGCUUACAGACAAUACAACGUCGAAUACCGCUGAACUGCUCCUGCUGCUGAAAGAGGAAACAGCUGCAGCACGGGAGCGGCUGGGCAGCCUGACGAAGAGUACCGAGGGGCCUAUGUGGCUGCUUUGCGACGCCUGGUUCGUACUUAUUGCAGCUGGAGAUGCAUCAGAUACAGACCCUGCAGCUGUCGCCCAGGACACGGCUGCAUUAGUUGCAACAGAUGAGACACCAGUUGAAAUCGAAGAGGCAGCAGAUGCAACGGGAGAGACAGCAGUAAUAGCAGCAACAACAAGAGAUGCUAGCACAAUUCAAGAUGAGAAGAGCUCGCUAGAGGAGGACAACGAGGCCACAAGGGACGCCCACACCCCCGCCGGCACUUCCGUGAGCAAGGGGGGCGACGACAAAGAGCAGAAGCGCACUACAGCGAGUGCCCGCAUCAGCGGCAGCAGCAGCAGCGACAGCAGCAGCGACAGCAGCAGUGAUGUGGAGGAGUUGUCUGCUGAGGCGUUUGGAUGGGAGGAGGGUGCAGAUGAUGCGGCCUCAGGCACGGCUGAACACUCUCCGUGGAGGUCUCCUACUAGAGGCGAGGCAGCCCAGGAGGGGGGAUUAUUUGGGGCCCUGCACAGGUCUGGCGAAGACCCCAGGGCGGCGGAGGCUCCUUCCGCCUGGAGUUCCGCAGGAAAGCAGGGACAGGGAGAUGGACAGGGUACAUGGUCAGGCAGCCAAGAGGCCUUCAGCAAGGAACCCCUCGUGUCCCUCGGCGACUUCGAUGCACAGGCCGUCGAGUUGUGCGCAGAAGACAGAGAAGCUACAGCUCCAUUCGAGGCGUCCACUGGGGGGGGAAGGAACUCUGCGGCUGCAGCUCGCAGGGGGGAAGCUCUAGUUUAUAGGUACCUGCAGCGGCUGCUAGAGCAACAGCUGAAGGACAAGACCGCUCAGGUUCUGUGGCUGAAUGAAGAGCAGGAGAGCGGGCAGAGCUAUGACAUUCUGGUGAAAGAGUUCCCGCCUGUUGGCACUUCUGCGCCCCCGCGAUUGACAUUUGUUGAAGUGAAGAGCAGCACAACUCGGCACAAGAGCUACUUUGAGGUGUCACAUAGGGAGUGGAACCUGGCGCAGCAGCACGUGAGUCCUUGA